AGACAGACAAACACACACGAAUGCACUUGCAUCCGUUGCACGCUCGGUUAGGGGUUGUUCUCCAUCCGUUCGACGAGCGAGCUCGUCGAGUAUAAAAGUCGUGCCAGUCAGAGACUCAAUAUCAUUCACAACGCAUCCUUCUUACUGAGUGCAUUCAACACAAAGUGUACGCACCGUCAAGACAAGCAAGCGAAAGCAAGAAAUCAAGAAACGUAAAGUAAUACCAGCAAGAAAACAGACAAACAACAACAGCAAACAUGUCGCCGAAUACAAAAUCAGUACAACAACAACCACAAAUGUACGCUACCAAAACGGAGCUGUACUUGAAAGUGAAGAAACCACUAUUGGAACGUCAACGUCGCGCCCGCAUCAACAAGUGUCUCGAUACAUUAAAGACACUGGUAGCCGAGUUCCAAGGUGAUGAUGCCAUACUGCGCAUGGACAAAGCCGAGAUGCUCGAGUCGACAAUUGCCUUCAUGCGUCAACACAGUCGCCGCCGUUCAGCGAUGCCCGCUGUGGCACCACUUGAGCCAAUGGAUAGCUUCCGCAAUGGUUAUAUGAAUGCCGUCAAUGAAGUUUCACGCGUUAUGGCCGCUAUGCCAGGCAUGAGCGUCAAUGUGGGCAAAUCAGUGAUGACACAUUUGGGUAGCGAAUUCAAUCGACUAUUGCAACAACAGCAGCAGGAACAAACAAUCGUUGUGGACGUAGAAGAGAAGAUGAGCGCAAAAUUAUCUCGUCCAUCAAGUCGUGCCUCCUCGGGUUAUCACAGUGAUUGCGAACAGGAUAGCCCAAUGCCAUUACCAACACCUGCAGCAGCCACCGAGAGCGCCACCUGGCGUCCAUGGCUGUAAGGUGUUCAUGUAUUUAUUUGGCAUGGAGACGCUACGACUGUAACUGAGAGCUUUAAAUCAAGUACUCAAAACUUGAAACAACAACGAUUGUGUGUUAAGACUGUGAUCGCAUUUAUUUGCAUUGUUAUUGUAUCUUCCAAUAGAAACAACUCUAUGGCUUUAAUAGUUUGUAAGAAUUUAGAAAUUGUAAAAAAACAAGAGCUUUAAUAGUU